GGGAGGGACGCACACAGAGUGACGAGGGGGGAGGGACGCACUGAGACGCACACAGAGUGACGAGGGAGGAAGCUUAGACAGAGGAGGGGGGGCAGCAGCAUGAACCGAACCAAAGGCUAAAGGAGCGAGCAGCCAACACAACUUGGGCUUGUGGGCAGCUUGGUGACCGGAUUGUAGCCAUGUCCAAUAAUAACAGGACAAGCAGCGAGUCCACUACCCCCCCAGGUACCGGGAGAGGCUUCAAGGCAGCGAAGGGGAGAGACCCCUCCUGUGCUGAAAGGAGAGGAGCCAACACUUCAACCUGGCCCCCCGACACUUGCCUGGUGGAGGCGGUUUGCACGCUGCUCUGCCAGCUCCACGAGAUGACUCACAAGGGGGGGAAUGAGGGACUCUUUAUCGUUUGUAUCACAGGGUUUUAUUUAAGUUAUUAAAGUCCUUGUUCUACAUUUGCUUUUGGAAACUCUUUCAUUUCACUCACAAUCACAAUCACACAAUUCUCUUGAACUAUUCUAACUGACCAGCAUUUAACCGUCUUAGACAACUGGCAUCUGAGGAGGCCUUGACCUACUGACCUUCUACUUCAUCUUAUGACUACUCCUACUUGGCCUGAGGCGGGACUCGAACCGCAGAUCUUCUGCAUCACAUUGCACAUCUGGCACCACUGGCCCCUCCCCUACCUGUUGAUCCCCCUUUUGCCCCCCUGCUUCUACAGAGAGGCUCCUGCGUCGUGGGGGCACCUUCUUCUCUGUUUCAAUGUUUCAAUUUCCAGGAGCCAAUCGGAGAGCUCAGAUCGCUGGUUCAAUUUCCAACAACCUAUCACGCUCUCCAAGUUUCGGGCAUCCAAUCGGAUGCUCCAUUUGUUUCAAUUCGACUUCUCGAGCCGCCAUCUUGGAUCCUCGCUACCGAGCGCUCAAUGUUUUAAAACUACCCGGCAGAUAUAACGACGUAAGUACAACAAUGUCAACUCUAUUCUCUUUUAGUGCCAUAGUGGUAAUGAAUCGGUGUUUAAUUUGAGUGUAAGUGGGGGUACUAAUACUAAAUAAAUGUGGCAGGUCGCCCACAAUAAAGCUGCUAUCGGAUCUGCGUAAUAGAUGCUUGCUACGGCCGUGACGUCACUAUUAUUAUCAUCAGUAAGUUUUAUUUAAUUCGGUGAAUGAAACCCGGUCUAAAAACGCGUAUUGGAGCUAACAGACUCGUCUCUGCGUGUUUCGGCUCGUUUAUUGAUGACGGCGUUUACGUGACAGGCAGCGCUUUAGCAUCGGUGCUGCGUCACACGUUUACUAUAGCACUUAUUAUCAAGUUAUACUUUAUUACAACGUGUUUUAAACAGUCCAGUAGAAUUGUGACGUUUGCCAUUCAUGUGGACUAAUAAUUAAACAAAGUGUGCAUAUAUCUAUAGACAGACACAAGCUGGGCUCUGAUAGAAAGGUUUUAAUGAGAAGAGGAAAUGCAGGAAUACAACUGAUGUCACAAAUGAGAGGGUCACGUGUCACGUCCCGUAUUCUGCCAAAAAUGUCCUUUUGUUUAGAUGGAACACCCUACUUUCACAAAGGCCCCUAGUGGGACCAUCCUUAUUUACUUUUUGCGUGAGGAGCCCGAUUGUGAGACAGUCUGCCCCGAGCCCCAUAAGCUUCCAUACAAAUCUGCCGACAUUAAAAAAAACACAGACGGUACACUUUUUGUAAACGGCUGUUUGAGCAGUUUUUAAACACAUAGAGACAUAAAAACUACACUCAUGUGUUCGGUAGAGUCUUGUGUCUCUCAAAAUGGCUACUCCAAUUAGUUUUGCUCCAGGAAGCAUUUGUUUCAGGUGUGGAUUUUGUCCAAAUCUCUUCGCGCUGUUCGCUGUGAGCUCAUUAGCGACCAGCUGGUGAUCGAUGGACAUGAAGACACAGCUCAGGAGUCAUCCACUGCGCAGGGACGUGUAGGUUUAACCGUGUUUAGCUAACCGUACAUGGACGUGUAGGUUUAACCGUGUUUAGCUAACCGUACAUGGACGUGCGCGUCGUGAGUUGGGACGGAGACCCCGGACGAGCAGACCGUAAGUAAUGUGGAGGCAGGACGGUUAGAUAUGUGGGACAUGGGAGAGCGAUACGUGCUAGCUAGCUAAACUGCUAACGAGGCUACUCCCUGUAUGCUGGACUUAAACCGGGGGCGUGACGUCAUUGAGCUGCUGGCGGAGCCCGGGAAGGACACCUGUGAUUGAGGAAGCGAGACGGUAGGAUGUCAGCUAAUCGCAAGUUUAGCAUCAAGUUAAGUUCAGGGUCCGUGUCGAGGAAGGAUGACUGUCGGAGUGGCCGUGUGAUGGACGAGCGUCUACACCUCCGGCGUUGGAGAUCGUCCGUCGCCGCGCUCGUCACCAACGCCGAAGGCUUCACCGCGCUUCACCGCGCCAGCGAACAACGACCGCCUCUACAGCCCGUGACGUGCAGCACGCCGGCUUUCUCCCCCUCUCCCUCCCACGCCACUACACGACGUGAGUAACAUCCUGACACACGUGACUCCAUCUUGUCCACGAACAGCAACGUGGCUCCUUUUUUUAACUGAACGGGUAAAACCGUGAACUGCAAGUGGACAUAAUACUGAGGGAGCAGUGUGAAUAAUUACAUUAGACUUUAUUGUACACAAAGUAAUAAUACAACAGUGCAACAAACUAGGAGAAUAAAAGGUGGACUUUUGAAUAUUAGAUUAGAUUAGUCUGUUGCCUCACUCCUCUGUGUGUCACCUUCCAGGGACCAGCGACCUCAACUUCCAGCUGUACCUGCUGGAGGGCCUGACCCGGUGGAAUGAGGACCGCGGACGAGCCUCGGUGGAGGGGGGGGGGCACCCAGCAGCCACAAAGUAGACUCCGUCAACGCGCUGUCCCAAAGACUGUACGGCAUCCGGCUGGUGGACAGCUACACCCGGACACGGGAGUACACAGGGGAGCUGGUAGGGGUUAGCUACUUGUACUCCCAGACCGGCCGGGUGCUGCAGGACAUUCCUGAAGACGUUGACAUCCCAGGGGAGGAGGAGGAGGAGGAGGAGGAGGAGGAAGACGGCGAAGACGAGGAACGGGUAGAUGACAGCUUUCAGGAACUCCUGUUUGACACUGAGCUCCUGUCAGACUUGUCACACCCUGUGAUUCCUCAGCCUGCAGACCUCCAGGACACUGCAGAGCAGGAGUGUGUGGACUCUGAUGGAUCCCCGGGGUACCACCACGUGAUGAACCUGGCCAAGUGUCUGGUGGAGCUGCGGCGGUCGGGCCUGGUCUCCGUGGCGCACGAGGCUCGGAUCUUGUCCUUGUGGGACAAACUCCCAGAGGGAGACAAAGGCCCUUUGAGCUUUCCCCGCCGUUACAAGGACACACUUAAUAAGGGCAGGUUCUGUAAGACAAAAUCUGCUGUCCACGCAGCUUCUAGCGUUGCCGAGGGGUUGCAGAGCAUGAGGCGUCAGGGCAGCGGUCCCUCCUCCAAUCCUGACUCCAGCAGGUUGGUGGAGGCCAUCUGCAUUCUGCUGUGUCGGCUCCAGCCUCAGGGCUGCUCCCUGGCCGGAGCUCGGAUCAGCCGCUGGACUCUGAUCCUCAGAAACUAUUGCACCAUCAGAGACAGCGUGCUGGCUAAUCCGAGCCUCCGAACCAAGCUGCAGCUCUUCGAAGUCAACCAGCGGACGCUCAUACAGUGGUUCAACUGGAGGAAGGGGACCCAGGAAGGUCACGUCCUCCAAAUAGGCAUCCCAUCCGCCAGCUGUUCACUGUUGGCCCGACAACCUGCGCUGCCUCCCAUGGACCCACUGCCUCCCAUGGACCAGCACCCCCCAGCCCUCACCAUCCAGCCGCGCCCCUCCCAGGUGACACCACCUCCUCCUCCUGCCGCUGCUGCUGCUGCUGCUCAUCCUCCUCCUCACCCUGCUGCUCAUCCUCCUCCUCCUCCUCACCCUGCUGCUCAUCCUCCUCCUCCUCCUCCUCCUCACCCUGCUGCUCAUCCUCCUCCUCAUCCUGACCAUGCUGCUGCAUUGGCUGCUAUGGCUGCUGCAUUGGCUGUUUUGGGUGGUGCUCCUCUGCCGCGUCUCCCAGCAGGACCUCCUCCACCUCCCGUGCCGAGGACCACACAGUGGCAGCGGCGACAGCGGGAGAAGAAGAGGCAGGAGGCAGAGGGAACGGGCGAGGAGUACAGAUUGAAGCAGCCCUACUCCUCUGUCUGCAGCCUCUGUCUGCAGCCAAAGACCAAACAGUUUGGUCACAGCCGCUUUUUUAGCAAAAAGGCAAAGACAAUGCAUCACUUUUGCCAGCGCUCCUCGGGUGGAAGAAGUGUGGAGGAGUGGCUGCAGGAGAAGAGGAGGGAGGAAGCAGAGAAGUGAUGUGUGUGUGUGUGCGCA